CGCUAGGUUUCGCUGGCCCCUUGCAGAACUCUCUCUCUCGUAACUUCAAUCUUUUUGAAUUCUUUCCUUAGCUCUCUCUUGUUCUUGGUCCUCAACUUCAUUAAAAUGGAUAGUUUGCCUUCCUCCUUCGUCCGAGACAUUAAACAUCAGUUGAUCACCAAAGCUUUGCCCAUGUCAACCGUGAGAUUACCACCAGCGCUGCUGCCGCUGCCGUCGUCUUCGUCUUGUGCUUAUAUCACCACCAUAUCCUCCAAUAGAACUGGAGGAAAACCGAAAUCCUCAAAGUCCCAUGUUCCUUCGCCGACAUCACGCAAGAAGGGAGAGAGCCCCUCACUGCCGGCGUUGAUGUUUAAAGCGCUAGAUGAUAUCAUAGUAGACUUCUUGGACCCUCCUAUCAAGCCGUCCCUUGACCCAAGAACUGUGCUCUCCGGGAACUUUGCACCGGUCGAUGAGCUCCCUCCUACCGAGUGCGAGGUGUUGGAGGGCUCGCUACCGCAGUGCCUUGAUGGCGCAUACAUCCGCAAUGGCCCGAACCCGCAGUUCGUCCCCCGUGGGGCCUAUCAUCUCUUCGACGGCGAUGGCAUGCUUCACUCCAUUCGGAUCUCUCGAGGCCGUGCCACGUUCUGUAGCCGAUACGUGAAGACGAACAAGUACACCGUCGAGCACAAUCUGGGCUUUCCUGUGGUUCCCAAUAUCUUCUCGGGCUUCAGCGGAGGAAUGGCCUCGGUGGCUCGUACCGCUCUCUUCUUAGCAAGAGCGGUCACCGGUCAAUUCAAUCCCUUCAAUGGCUUUGGUCAAGCAAACACCAGCUUGGCCUUCUUUGGCAACGGCCUCUACGCGCUCGUUGAGUCCGACCUCCCUUAUUCCGUGCGCUUGAUGCCGGAUGGCGACAUCAAGACCCUCGGUCGGCAUGACUUUGACGGCAUGCUUUCCAUGAGCAUGACUGCCCAUCCCAAGGUGGACCCAGAAACAGGUGAGGCCUACGCUUACAAGUAUAACCCCUUCUUCCCUCCAUUUCUGACCCUCUUCAAGUUUGACCGGGAGGGAGUGAAACAUACCGACAUGCCAGUCCUCUCCUUCUCUUGCCCGCCGUUCAUCCACGACUUCGCCAUCACGAGGAAGUAUACUGUGUUCCCCGACACCCAGAUGGGAGUGAACCCCAUGGGACUGGUGUUGGGAGGAUCCUUAGUGGGCCUGAACCCACGCAAAGUGCCGAGGAUUGGGAUCGUCCGUCGAGACGCGGGAAGCGGGUGCGAGAUGAGGUGGUUCGAUGUGCCGGGCUGCAAUAUCAUGCACAUUGUGAACGCAUGGGAUGAAGAAGACGAUUAUGGCAAUGAUGUGGUGGUGAUGGUGGCGUCAAACAUAAUGUCAGCGGAACAUUUUUUGGAGAGGUUGGACCUUGUCCAUGGCUUAAUGGAGAAGAUUACGAUCAACCUCAAGGACGGAAGAGCGUUGAGGCGACCGAUUUCGGCUAUGAAUUUGGAUAUUCCGGUGAUAAAUCCGGCGUAUAUAGGGAGAUAUAGUAGAUAUGUAUAUGCAGGGGUUGCCGACCCGACGCCAAAAAUGUCCGGGAUAGUAAAGCUAGAUCUGGCGAAACGAGUGGGUAUCGGCGGAUGUGUGGUGGCUAGUCGGAAUUAUGGGCCAGGUUGCUACGGAGGCGAGCCGUUCUUCGUGGCGAGGGAUCCUGAAUAUCCAGAGGCCAAGGAAGACGAUGGGUAUAUCGUGUCCUAUGUCCACGAUGAGAAAGUUAACGAGUCGAGGUUCUUGGUGAUGGAUGCCAAGUCGCCGGACCUUCAUGUGGUGGCUGCUGUGAGGCUACCCCAGCGCGUUCCUUAUGGCUUCCAUGGAAUUUUCGUUAGGAAUAGUGACCUAAAUAAGCUCCAGGAUUGUUACUAAGUUGAAGGAUGUAGAUCGAAAUGGUAUUAAGUUAAUCAUUACAAGUUAUGAUAUCAUGAGCGAAGAAGACAGUUACAUGAUAAUGUGACAAAGGAUGUAACUUUUUUUUACCCG